AAAGAAAGAACUCACACCGCUGGGUUGUUAAAGAUUAAUCUUCCAUUAUUAUAGACGGGAACAUUGUCUGGGUAAGGAAAGAAGGACUGGGCUUUCAGGAAGAUGUAUUUUGUGAGCCUUAGAGCUGCAUUAUCUAUAAAGGUGUUUGUUGUAUGGAGUCGGAGGUGCUUGGAUACACAGUAGGCUGACAACACGAUGUUGCAUUCAUUUAGUGCCGAGUUUCCUUUUCUUUCAUUCCUAAAGUCCACUUUGCCAUCAUGAAGCUUCUAAACAGUUUGAAGUGUUUGCAGAACCAUUACCUAAUAACUGUAUGAAAGAAGUAGAGAUUUAUGUAUUUUUUAAUGUUAGAAAGAAGUGAUUUGGUUUUCACGCUGCUGCAGUUUAAAGCUCCAGUGUGGAAAUUGGAUCUCUGAGCAGUUGGUGCUUACAAGACAUUGGUAGAUUCACCAUCUCACCUAUCGAUGGCAUCUGCAACUUCUAAAAACACGGAUAGCCCCAAGCUACAAGUCAAGAUGAGCACAUGGACACCACUGUGCAACCAACUCAUGAAUGAGAAGGUAUUUGAAGAAAGAAGAGCCCUGUUCAAAAAAUGGUUUAUCAAGUGGACAGAUGGUCAGAGGCAGAAGAUCCUGGUGGACCAGUUGGAUCUUUGCUCCCUGUCACUGCAGAAGUUCUGUGCCAAGCAGCUACAGGAUCGAAUUCCCAUCGAAGCUCUAGAUUUUACCAUGAAGCUUCCUAGAGUGCUGACCUUAUACAUCUUCUCCUUCCUGGACCCACGGAGCCUCUGUCGAUGUGCACAGGUGAGCUGGCACUGGAAGAACCUGUCUGAACUGGAUCAGCUCUGGAUGAAGAAGUGCCUGCGUUUUGGCUGGUACAUCAACUUCGUUCCAACCCCCUUUGAGCAAGGAAUCUGGAAGAGACAUUACAUUGAAAUGGUGAAUGAGCUCCAUGUUACAAGACCAAAGACUGAUUCGAAGGAUGAGUGUGUAGUUACCAAAGCGCAAAAGAUGAGAAGCAACACUCCAGAGGCAAAGCUUUCAGCACCAGAGAAGACUAGAAAGAAGAAAAAAGAAAUCCCACCAUGGCGUUCAUCAGACAGGCACCCUAAAGACACCAUGCGAUUCAACUGCCUCAACAACUACGAUCCCAUUGAACAGGCUAGGCAGGUGAGAAAGAAAGGAGGAGGGAAGACCCCAGACCUUAGCUGGCAGGCAGCUGAGAAAAAAAAGAAAGCAGGUUGUGCAUCUAAGAAACUCCAGAAAUCAAAAUCACUGCUAUCACUUACUGAAGAUCUUGGGUCAACUCAAAAACCACCAGCUUGCACCAGCUGGGACACUCCCCAGUCCACUGGGAACCUGCCCUGCAGAGAAACAGCAAAGACCUUCGCCCAGAGCUCCCAGUGCAGCGCUAGGAUACGACCAGCAACUGUUCAAGCUCCAGUGACAAAACCACGCGCAAGAGAGAAGAAAGACUUCACAGAGACGACGACCAUGUCUCCAUCCACUCCACAACGUGAGGCUCAGCCUGCGCUCAUUCCUCCAUCAAAUAACGAUCUGGUACAGGCUAAGGAAGGAUCUGGAGCACCUCACGUCUCACCAGAGCAGAAGCUUACCUGCCUGGAUGGGGGAGACAACAGCAAUGUAGCCUAAGAUAUAGACUUUCAUUUACCUCACUAUACCAUGCAAACAAAUAGACAUGCAAGUCUUACUUAUCUCUCCAAAAGAAAACUUGACUGCCUUGCUGCCAGUUUUGAUAUUGGAACAAUGGCUUAGUACUUAUUUGGAACUGCAGUAGCUGGUACUCCUGCCUGCCUUUAGGUCUCCUAGUCCAAGCUGCAACAAAGUCAAAUGUUUACCUGAUGUGCUUUUCACCCUGGCUUCAUGUUGCUGGUGCCAUAAUUCUCAUGUUCUUUGGGGUAUGUUGUUUCUGCAGAACUUACCUAGGCCUUUGAUAACCCUUUUGCAGGUGUCUACUAGAGCUGCUGGACAUUAAGCUUGCAUGUGUGUCAUUGGGACAUUGUGGAGCACAUCCUGUGGCCUGAGCUGCUUUGUGUUGCUCACUCAGUGAAUUACAGAAGCUGCCUGUCUGUGGGCAGUGAGGGGAUUGUGGAGGACAAGUGAGGACUACUGGCCACCUGGGUGAUGUAAACUGUAUCCCCUCACAAAGGGAGUGGUUUCCAACUAAUAUUAAUGUGCUCCAUUAGUUGUAACCUGCAGCCCCAUCCAAAACAUCUGGACUGAAGAAAGUACCACAGCAUCCAAGGAAAAAGCCUUUAAAUAUGCGGGAGAAAGGAGGCUUGGGCUACUUAGUGCUGUAUGGAAGUCAGAACUCCUUUCUUAUGGUGUACAUAAGGGCAAGUCCAUUUCAAUCAUGUUAGUGAGAGUGAAACAGCUACGAGACCUGGUUUAGUGAUUUGCUGUAGCUAAGAUAAUGGGAGGGUGGUUGGAUUAGAUGAUUUUGUAGGUCCUUUCCAACCUUGUGAUUCUAUGAUUCUAUUAAAUCCAAUCCCACCCUGUGGAUUACAGCAUUGCA